AUGGACUUCGGACUCCAGGAUACGGUCGUCCUGGUGGUUGACUCGCACCUGGCGAUCGCCACGGCCACCGCUACCGCGUUGGCCAAAGAGGGCGCGAUUCUCUCGUUGACCGCACCGGAUAACUACCGGAUGCGCCACGUUGAAAUGGCGCUUGCCCGCAAGCACAUCCCCCAGGACCGCUUCCGCGCCGUCAUCGCCGACCUUGACCGUGAGCAGGACAUCCACCGCCUCGUCCGCGCGACCCUGCACCGCCAGGGCAACAUCGGCGUCAUGGUCACCACCGUGCAGGACCAGGGCAACUCGCCGGCCAGCGAACUCGAAGACGAGCAGAUCGAGCCGGCCCUGGCCCGCAACUUCAUGUCCGCGGUCCACCUGACCCGCGAAGUCCUCCCCCACAUGCGGCGCUACGGUAUGGGCCGUAUCAUCAACCUCGUGCCCUUCUCCGCGAUGGAAGUGUCCCCACGCAACACCCUGUCCUCCCUCAGUCUCGCCCCGGUGUUGGCCUACUUCAAGGGACUGGCCUCGGAGCUCGCUCCCAACAACAUCACGGUCAACAACGUGAUCUACGCCGGCGUGGACAGCGACGAGAUUGAGGAUCGGGCGCGCUCCCAGGACUACCAAUCCACUGAUGACGUGGCCGAUGAGCAGGCGUGCGCCGAAGCCAAGUUGGAGGAAAUUUCCGAAGCUCCCAUGAAACGCAUGGGCACGCCCAAGGAGAUCGGCGACAUCGUGUGCAUGAUCGCCUCGGCCCAGGCAUCCUACCUCACCGGCGCCAACAUCAUCGUCGACGGCGGCAUCCACCACAACUACGCCUGA